CAGACACAACAACUGACCAAUGCUGUGGUAAUAUCCCAUACAACAGCGCUAUAAUGGUAUGCUGCACGAACGUACUAAGAAUGAAGCCAUCUAGAGAUUCACAAUGCUGUGGAACAAGUGCCUACGAUCCCAAAAGAUUUCGAUGCUGUGUGGGGGGAUAUGGAGGCACGCAUUCGACAAGACAAGGAGCCACACAUGGAAGAUGCUGCUGUACAUUCCCAGUUGGAACUAAUAACUGCUGUCAAAGACAGCGUUGACUAGACAGCCCAAGUAUGGUGAAUGAUCAAUCAGUAUUAUCUGGGCCAAACCGCAAUCAACCUGCUUUAACUGGGCCAAACCGCAACCAACCAGCUUUAGCUGAAUCAAACCGCAAUACACGAACUUUAACUAGAUCGAACCGCAAUCAACCAGGAUUAAUAGGGGUUAACCACCUACCAUAUUCCAAAGUUCAGGAAAUAGCCCAUAGUCCAAAUGGUAAAGUAAAGAAUGAUCCUAUCUUGACAUAUUUUCUCAAACCUUUGUAUACACCAUUAGAACGAUCAGGACAAAAGAGAAAUUCAGACGGGAGACAUACCCAAAGCGACGCUGACAAAAUUGAAGAUGAUGAUGACAUGUUUGAAUUACCCGGUCCAGAAGAUUUAUUGCAUGAAGUUAAAAAUCAUAUGUUGUCUUACCGUUUAAAGUCGAAAUUACCAUACCCCAUCGGACCACGAAGAGUUCCACAACCUAACAGGCCAACUGGUGAACGCACUGGUGCUGCCAAUCGCAAUGAACUUAAAGGUUAUAUCCCGCAAGGUCAAACUGGGCGGGUUAAUAAUCCUUCACCUUAUUCAGAAAAUGAUUUUAUCCAAAAUAAGAAUAAUCGAACCGAUGUGAGACCACAAUUCGAACAUAUUGCAUCAUCUUCAUUGUCGUUAAACCGAAAUGAGAAAAGAAAUCGGUUUGGUGAAGUUCCAUCUUUGAAACAUGUUAAACACAAUUCACACUCAAAUGGUAAUCACUUUCGUGAAGACAGGUAUAUAUCUCAAGGUCGCCAUAUAGGUUCACCCAAAGUUGACAUAGGUUCAUCAACUAGAUUGGCUAGAAAGAGUCAUCCACAUUUGGGGACGGUUGAUUCCGAAUCAUCCGUUUCAUUUCCAUUUCACCAGACCCAAACGAAUGGCAACUCAGAGUCUUCUGGAUCUAAUCCCUCUAGCGUUGUGUCAAACUCACAUAUUGGUAUAAACCCUAGUAGAGACUUAAGAGGUAACGCGGACCAAAAUAAUUCUCCAGAUUCUUCUUUACCGAACGCUAAUGGAGAUUAUCUUGGUCAAAGCCAACUUGGUAGCAGAUAUGUUGCUAGAUCUUCUAUCAGUACUAAUUCAAAUGGUUUCCAAAAUCCCGAUUUAGCCGAUAGCAAUAAGCAAUACCGUUCUCGCGAUUCUUCUCUGUCGAAUAAUGGCAAUGCUGAUUAUGUUGACCAACCACAACAAGGUAGCAGAUAUAUUGCUAGUUCUUCUAUCAAUACUGAUUCAAAUAGUUUCCAAAAUCCCGAUUUAGCAGAUAGCAAUAAGCAAUACCGUUCUCCCGAUUCUUCUCUGUCGAAUAAUGGCAAUGGUGGUUAUGUUGAUCAACGACGACAAGGUAACAGAUAUGUUGCUAGUUCUUCUAUCAAUACUAACUCAAAUGCUUUUCGAAAUGCCGGGAUUCUAGAUAACAAAAGGCAACCUCGUGAUUCUCCUUUGUUGAAUAAUGGCAAUAAUGGCUAUGUACCAAACAGAGUUGGACUGAGACAAAAUCCAACUGUCCCUCCUACACAUUCAGAAAGGCAGCCUCAUUUUGAUAUCAAAAGUGCAGCUUCUGUUAAUUCUGGUGAUUCACUUAGCUCAAAUGGUUUAAAUAACAAUUAUCAUUUACCUUAUCGUUUGUCAUCAUCUGCUUCCAUUAAUCAACAUAGUGAUAGAGGUGUUCAUCAUGCCCAGAGUAUAAAGGCUAGUGCAUCCAUAAAUUUUGGACCAAAUACGUUUCAUAAUCGUAAUGCUGAAAGAGGCAACCAAGGCCAAAUUGUAGACCCUUCUUCACCCAUCCGUAGAGACGAAGCAAGAAAUGGUCAUCCAGUUCAUAAGUUAUAUGAAGCUAAAUCUGCAAUCAACAUUGGCCAAGGAACGUUCCAAAAUGGGGUUAUUGGAAAAGACAGGGUAGACCAAUUGCGUCAUCCAGGUUCCUCGAUAGGCAAUGGGAAUCCCGUUUAUAAUGGCCAAUCACGUCGGCCCAUCAAUACUAACACACGUUUUGACAACAGGGGUAUGGUUCGCAAUAAUCAGCACUAUCAUCCACGUAGUUCUGUUCCUAAUGAUGGUCGCAAUGUAGGUCGGGGCAAUUCUAGAUCGGUUAGUGGACGUGAUAGUAGUUACGUUGCAACUUCCUCUAUUAAUACUAAUUCAAAUGGUUUUCAAAAUCCCAUGGCCAAUUUAGCAGAUAGCAAUAAGCAAUACCGGUCUCCCGAUUAUUCCUUGUUGAAUAAUGGGAAUGGUGGUUAUGUUGAUAAACCACAACAAGGUAACAGUUAUGUUGCUAGUUCUUCUAUCAACACUAACUCAAAUGCUUUCCGAAAUGUCGACUUAGUUGAUAACAAAAGGCCCGAUCCCUUGUCGAAUAAUGGUCAAGGUGAUUAUCUUAAAAACCAACAAGGAAGUAGUUAUGUGGCGAGUUCCUCUAUCAAUUCAAACCGUGCCCAAAAUAGAGAAGCAAUCAAUAACAAAGGUUCUUCCCCUUCUAACUUGUAUAACAGUGGUCGUGGUCUUGAUUAUACAAGAACUGAUCAACGAGAUGAUCGACUUGGUAGCACAUAUGAAGCAAGGUCUUCUAUCAACAGUGGUCACUACACAGCAUCAAGCAGACAGAGGGGUUCCAACUACCAACAUCAGUCGCCACAGGGUUUGUCCAAUGAUCAUCAACGAAGUCAACAAAGGGGUCCAGGAAACAUUCACCAACAGUGGAAACUUCCGGGAACGCAACAUACAAGACUCGCUGAAGAAACAAAUACCAAUUAUGGUAAUCAUUACCAGGCAAAGGCAUCUAUAAAUAUGGGUCCAAACUCACAAGCAUUUAAAAACGAUCAUGACCGCUUUAAUCCGGAGCAUAAUUCCUAUAGAUCUAAUGAUAAUGGAGGGAGAUCCAACAUUGAAGCAAAUGCAUUUAUUAAUGGUCAACCAAAUAACUACCAUGGUAACAGUGACAACAGCAGAAUUAGGGCCUCGGCAUCAGCUUCUAUAACUCGCAAUGGCGGCCAGAAAUCAUUCGCUUCUUUAGAUGACUUGAGAGUCUCAUCUUCUGUCGAUAUUUCAGGGCCAUCAGCAUCCAUUGGACAUUUAUCCUCAUCAGCAACUGCGUCUAGGCCGAGGUUUUAUAAUGGACAUUUUCGAACACGUCAUUGAUUAAAACGUUCUAGGACCCCAAGAGAAUACCAGUAUUUGCAUAGUGACGUCAUAUAUCUUUUUUAAUAACCAAGUUAAUACAAAUAUUUAUUUAUCCCAUACGCAGUUUAGCUUUGGGGAGAUAUAUUCUGUAUCCUGAUUUUGAGGUUUCCAUAUCAAGAACCUCCAUCUCCCGCUAUUUUUUAAAAAUGAGAAAGAAUUGAAAAGAAUCUAGAAAAAGUUGUUUUUUUAAAUAUUUAGAAAAAAAUCGAAAAAAAUCUUGAAACAAAAUUAGAAUAUGUAUUCAAAAAAAUGUUUUUUUCAGAAAACUUUACUGGCUAUAGGAUAAAGCAGUUACAUGUACGUUAUGGGAUUUAUCUCUCAGGAGAUAUAUCUACCUUCGGUCGGUCUCUCAGGUAGAUAUGCAUAUCUUCGGAGGGAUAAACCCCAUAACCAGAACCUCCCAGUACAUAACCCUUAUUUAAUUUAUUUCCAUUUAAAACUUUUAUACAAAGAGAUUAGUGUAAGAAUACACAUUAUCAAUAUGGAUAAUGUUAUACUUCUAUGUUAUACACCACUUACAAAAGCUUGGUAUCCCCGAAUCUUCAGCCAUGUGCUUUGUAAAAGCCUGCUUAUUAUCGCAUUUGAAUUUUUUGUCGGAUACAAUUAGUCAGAAAAUGAGAUAAAUCAUUUUUGGGGUUGCCAAGCUUUUGUAGGAGAAUGUAUAUUUAUACACGAAAGCAUUUGAAAUAUGUCAUAUACAUAUAGCAUAGACAUAAACUCUUAUUA